CUGGGAAGGGAACAGGGUGAAUGAUCUUCACAGAACAGGCGCUGGGUCGGAGCGCAACGUGUUGCUGUCGGCUCCCUGCAGAACGCGCUGCGUUUCGGCUGCCGCCCCGCGAUGUGCGAGGCGGGGCUGCUGGCACCGGAGCCCCGCGAGGCGGCGCGGCGCUACGGCGAGUCGUCGGACACCUGCUGCCGUAUGGACCGCUGGCAGAGGCUGCGCACCGCCGUCCGGAGGCUGGAGUUCUGGGAAAGCUUCAGCGCCGAGCUGGUCGGGAGCGGCUUCUUCUCCAAGGUGUACAAGGUGACCCAGGCUGCUGCUGCUUGUAAAGUGAUGGUGGUGAAGAUCUACAAGAAUGAUGUGGACCAGGAGGUGAUAGUGCGUGAGAUCAGCCUGCUGCAGAAGCUCUCCCACCCCAACAUCGUCAGGUACCUUGGGAUAUGCGUAAAGGAUGACAAGCUGUACCCCAUUCUGGAGUAUGUGAAUGGGGGCUGCCUGGAGGAGCUCCUGGCCAGCAAAGACGUUGCUUUGUCAUGGAAGGAGAAGGUGGACUUAGCUUCUGACAUCACCAGGGGCAUGAUCUACCUGCACUCCAAGAACAUCUACCACCGAGAUCUCAACUCCAAGAACUGCCUCAUCCGAGUGACACCGCGUGGCCGCGAGGCGCUGGUGGCAGACUUUGGGCUGGCCAGAGAAGUGGUGGAGCUGCCUGUGCAGUAUGCAGAGAGGAAGCUGUCCCUGGUGGGCUCUGCCUUCUGGAUGGCUCCUGAGAUGCUGCGGGGAGAGCCCUACGACAGGAAGGUGGAUGUGUUUUCCUUUGGCAUUGUGCUCUGUGAAAUCCUGGGCAGGAUCCCAGCAGAUCCUGAAGUACUUCCCAGAACUCAGGACUAUGGCCUGGAUGUCGCUGCUUUCUGCAGGAUGGUCAGCGGAUGCCCUCGGCGGGUGCUGGACCUUGCUGCCUGUUGCUGUCGGGUGGAAGCAUUCAAGAGGCCGUAUUUCUCCGAUAUCUUGGAUGAGUUGGAAGACGUUGCAGAGAGCCUGGAGCCCAGGAAGGACAAUCCACUUUUGAGCUGAGCUGUGGGCCUCCUGCAAAGCACGAUGGAUGGACUGUAAAUGGAGGGUCAGAAGUGAAGAAGGAGGGUCAGAAGUGAAGAAAGAGGGUGGAGGAUGGAAGAACUAAGUGACCCACUGGUAUUUAUUUAAUCAUAGUCUCAGUCUCUAAUUUCUGAGAUUGAAAAAUGGAGAGGAGACUUAACCAAGGUCUUAUCUGAGGUUUUUAACAGAUGUAAUUCAGACAGCAAACAGCCUUUGGCUUGUUAAAAGUAAAUGAUCCUGGAUGGCAAGUCAGGGACCUGGAUUCCCUUAGAGGAUGCUUUCCAAAUGCACCUCUACAGAAGUGCAGCCCUCUCUUGCUUCCCUGCGCUCCCUGGGCUCAUGGCCUUCUCCUUCCACGUCUCCUCUGUGCUUGGGGAACCUCUGUGGGGGCUGGAAUCCCUGUGGAGCAAAGCUGGGGGCUUUGAGGCACACAGAGAGCCUCAGAGUUGCCGUACGCUGCAAAGCCUUAAAACCCUCCUUGGGUGGCCCCACAGGGAUGGCUGCAUUGUGGAGCGAUGCUGGUGGGGCACACCAGCAUUCAGUGAGGUUCUGGGGAGCAGUGUGGAAGGUGUGCCUCGCCGAGGUGUGAGCCAACCAACCAGUAUCUCCUCUCAGAACUGGGGCUGUGCUCUGUCCCAGCGCUGCGGCUGUCUGGAUUUCUCCCCACAGCCCUCUGUCAGGGUUUGGAGGUGGGAGAGGUGCACCUCUUAUCCUUCCACAGGUCUCCAGUUCAGCUGGUUGCCAGGCCUCAUUGGGAGGGAUGUGUUCUACUUAGGACCGAAAUAUCUGUGGUUGUUAGUAGGUGUGAUGGCUUUGUGGCAGUGGAGCUGUGUCUCUUCUUGUACACUGUAAGCUCUUGGAAUAGUGGCCCUUUGUGCACCAAAAAGCACUUGAAGAUUGUAUAAUGAGGUGUGCAAAUAGCAUUGCAGACCUACGUGUGGACUUGAUCUCGAGAUCUUGGGCAGAACUUGGUGUCACAUGUGGCUCAGUGUCUCUGUGCCCUGGCACCCACAUAAAGGAGUGACAGUAGUGUGCCGAGAUGGAUGUUGUGGUGGAGUGCAGUGUUUUCAGCAGAGAUUCCUCAUGAUAAGGAAGAUGAAACACACUGAAUGGCACCAGGACCAUUGGCUCAGCCACAUGUCCAGAGAAUCCUCCAUCCCUGGAGCUACUGUUGUGCUUUUCUGGGUUGUGACAGCUGUGCACAGGAAAUCUGCUCGACAGCAACACACCAGCAAACAGCUUCCUGCUGGGGAGUGCUGCCAGUAGGAGGAGUGAAGCCUCAGGAAGCAGAAGACCAAAAAGGAUGGAAGCUUUUCAACCUGGUGGAAGGCAGAGUUCCAACUUUUUUAUUUGACCGGUGGAGUGAAAUGGACUGCAACGGCAGUGGAAACAGCACUGAUGUACCCUUGUGUCUUCAGGGGCAGCCAGCCACCACCAGCACUGCAGCAGUUGGUCCCUCUGCUGUGGGCUUGCCCCCGACCACCAGCACUGUCCCUUGGACAUGAUGUGAGGGUCAUUGCGAGCCUCAUGGGCCAGGGGGUCUGCAUGCUCUCCUGGAGGCAGAGGGCAGCGGUUGGACACAGCUGGACUGGGUUAUGCAGCUCAGAGCAGGGAAUGACACUUUCUGUCUGCUGGCAUCUGUAUGGCUGUGAGACUGCAUCUGCUUGGCAUCCUGAGGGCAGCCACGGGUGGGUACAGAGCUGUGCUUCUGCUGGGCUUUCUGUCUGCCCCAUCCGCUCCCAUAGAAGAGACAUCUAGCCCCAUGCUGAGUCUCAGGUGACAAAGGAGAUCUUUGCUAGAAGGACUUGUGGUUCUGCUGCUGCCUGGCUCCAUGGCCAUUUCAUCCUGUGCAGAGUGCUGCUGCUGAGGCACAGUACCAAACACAGUGAACAUCUUCAUGCUCUGUCAGCACAGCUGGCAGGAUAAAACCUUGGUGAAGACAGAGCACUGUUAGCUGUGAGAAAGUGGUGCUUUGCCUGAGGUGCCACUUGGUGCCCAUGGCGUGGGGCUCCUUACAGCAUCUGUUGCUUCAACUAGGGGCACAGCAGCAGCACAAGCACCGUGCAAAGGGCAGUGGGUUCACCUUUUCCAUCCUAGCAGCCCAUGAUGGGCUGAAGGGACCAAAGCACAGUGAAAUAACUUCUCUUCCCCUGAUGCAGCUUGUUUUGUGCUGACUCAUAAAUGGCACUGCUUGUUUUUCAGUGCAGCUGCCUUACAAGGACAGCUUAAAAAGUCAGAGGGAGAUGUUUUCUUUUAGACCACCACAUCCAGUGCAAACAAAUGCAAAUUGUAUGGAGGUGCUGAAGCUGUUUUAUUACAUUCCCAUGUGAGCAGUUGUUGGUGUUAGGUAGGAAGGAGAUCUCUCCUUCCAAAGGUCCAUCCCUUAAAGUCUGUCAUCUUUCAGUUCUGGCUGUGAAAUCUUGGGCGUGUGGAAGAACUGCCGUGUUCCUCCCUGCGAAGAACUGCUGCAGAGCCCCUGGGUGCUGGCAGCAAUCCCACGGGUGUUGGGCUGUCCCAAACUGCACAGGAAUAUCUCUGAAAGUGGCUCUCACUGGCUACAGGGCUGCUUCCCCUUUUUGGCACCAGCCAGCCAUCAGAGCUGCUUCCAGCUGCUCACCUCCUUGCUCCCUGCCCUGGAGUGAAGCAGAAAGCAGGUUCUCACCUCAUCCCCUGUCCUUGUCCAUCAUGAUUUACACCAGGGGGAACAGCGGGAGGAACCCAGGGAUGCUGUUAUUCCUGGUCUUCAGGGUCACUCCUUUCCAGAGCUGCUGAAGAGCAAAAACAAAAUGCAAACCUAAUUCUUGAGCUUUCUGGGACACAGAAAAGCUGAGAUGAGCAGUGACCACCGGGAUCAGUCAGAGACUGACUGGAGCUAUUCUGCUUUUCUUCUGGAGAGACUCAUGGGAAGGACAGCUAGCAAGAGGCACUAGAUGGCAUGCUGACAGUUUGGGGGUAUGUUCCUUUAGGGCAUGUCCUUCACAACAUCUCAGGACUCCUCUCUGCACCUUCCACACUGUCAGGUGUAGGAGCUGAUGGAGGUGCAAGAACCACUCUUGGAGAAGUGGGAUCUCUGGGUUGGUGACAGUGACAUCUCUGGUGACAGUCACCAGACCUUGGAGGCUGCAUGGAGGAAGGUGCUCUUCCUGUCUGCAGUUACAGCAGUGCCCUGUGUGCUCAGGGUCUGCUUCCUUCUCCUCACCAUGUUUCCCUGCAACUCCAAGCAGCUGGACCUUUGCUGUGUGGCUUCUUUAGGAUCACUGUACCCUAGACUGCAUCAACUCCACUAAGUUCUGAAUAACUACAGAGGAAAUCCACGUGGACUAGUGCAUAUUGAAUAUGAUGUAUGUCUCCCAGGGGGGUGGAUCCUGACCUAGUGCUUCAGUUCUUCCUGGCUGGAGUCUGUGCAAGCCCUCUCCAUGGCUGCUGUAGCUAUGGGACUUGGGGAGGGCCGUGAAGCCCUGAGGACCCUCUUCUUCACACAGCUGUAUCACUGCAGGGAGCGCUUUGCUGCCUUGCAGAAGGGGCUGCAGUGCCAACUCACUGUGCUGGCUGAGGGAUGCAGGAGAGCAUCAUUCUCCUCUCCAGCCAGGUGCCACCCACCUCCCCCAGCGCUGCUGGUGUGGGCAUGAGGUGCUGGGAAGGGACAGCCCCAGCUCAGUUGACCUUGGGGGUCAGCUUGCUGCACACUUGUGCGCCAAGUGUGAUAAAUGCGGGAUCCUGCAGAACCCACACAAAUAAAUACACUAUUUCCACUGAUUGAUGUGUCACUGUAAUGCAGUUAACACUUGGUUUCCAUGGUGUCUCCUUCUACAAGGCUUGACUUGGGACUGCUGUACUGUCCUAGUGCCACUCACUGCUGGACAGACUGUUUUUUCCAGCUCUUGGUCCACAGUGGUGAAAGAGAGAUCCUGAAAACACGGGAAUGGCUGGAGCUGGCUCCAGUUUGUUGUGAGAUUUGUUGGGCAAUGGGGAAGAGAAUUCAGUGCCUUUCCGACAGCUCUUGGAUCCAACAGGAAAAAGGCUGCAAAAACACUGAAGGUUUUGUGUACGUAGAUUAGAGACAAAAAUAGCAGGAUGUGCCACGUAGGGUCAGACCAUCUGAGAGUUUUACUGAAAAACAGUAGCCUUACCACCAAGGUAGUCUUUACAUCAAAUCUUUACAUUCAGAAAAGCUUACUCAGCAUCAGCAGGGCUGCUGGAGAUAGAGCAGGGUUAAAGUCAGGGCUUACAAAAGCUCAAAGCAGUACUGCUCCCUUCUGAUCUCUAAAGGCUACAGCUGCUCUGGGCCAAAGGCACAACUUACAGUGUCCUUCUUGGUCUGAUCUCGCCCUCAAACAAUGUGAUGUUUUCUGUCUUCUGUUGGGUGGCAUCUGCCAGUGCCAGUCAGACAUCCUCCUGCACUACUGGCCUGAAUUUCACUUUUGUUCAUUUAUGGGAGUAAUGGCAUUCUUUGCCCGUCUUCCAGUUGAUGCUGUCAGCACAGCUCCCGCGUGCACCCAGUCGGUACGUGCUGCUGAGGUUAGAGGCAUGUGUGGCAGUCAUUGCACCACCACCCUCCUUGAAGACUGUGGCACAGUUGAAGGAUCUCAUGUCAUUGCCCUGAUCUGCUGUUGAAAAUGACAUGGCCUCAUGCUAUAUAAGGAGUCUCCUGCAGGGAGAACACACUCAGUUACUGCAGUAGUGCAGAAGGGAACCUCGUGUUCCUGAGCACCAACUGCAGGGCAGCAGGGGCCUGGUUGGAUGUAAGGCAGUUUGUUUGAAUCCCAUUCUCUUGGUUGCCUGCAUAGUCUCCUUGGUCACCCAGAACAGGAGCGGUAUCCUGAGUUCUGCUAGGACUGCUAACACAGAGAGAACCCACCAAUGGCUGUGCAGCACAUGGGCCAGAUUCUGCCUGCAGUCACACAGGUGUCCACUCUUUUGCACCGCUUGCAUUCUCUGCACUUUCUGAGGUCUGGACCAGCAGCAGACAAAGCUCAUAAACCCAGAGCACUGCUAUCUCACUUGUUGGUUUCACUCGUUCCCACAUGAAGGAUAUUGAAUUUUGCAGAGGAUUUGUAUGUUUUUUAAGAAGAAACAACAACACAACCCCAACAUACCAGGUAA